AUGAGACUACCAUGUGUCCCUAGCCGUGCACUCAGGGGGGUGCGCACGCCAUUGGCGUUCGCCCGCAUCGGCCAGAGAUACUCCUCAACGUACGAUGCCGCCGUCAUUGGCGGUGGCAUCACCGGUCUCACAGCAGCGUAUCGGCUAUCGCAGGACCCCAAUUGCUCCAAGAUCACCCUAUACGAGAAGGCUCCUCGUGUAGGGGGUUGGCUACGGUCCGAAAAGAUUCCGGUCGAAGGUGGAAACGUUGUAUUUGAGUAUGGCCCGCGGACCUUGCGGACCGCAGUCCCCUCGUGUCUACCCCUUCUCGAUCUGCUCGUCGAGCUCGGCCUAUAUGAUGACGUCCUCGUAACAAGCAGCUCGUCGCCUGCCGCGCGCAAUCGUUAUAUCUACUAUCCCGAUCACCUCGUCCGUAUGCCCGCGCCGGACCCCAAAGCCGGACCGAUCGAAAACAUUACAAAUCCACUAUAUGCUAUGCUACGCGAGCCGGUCUUCGAAGGCCUCCUUGCAAGCGCUCUCUUGGAGCCAGUCCGGGCCCCUCCGGACCACAAGUCAUUCAACUCGGACGAAUCCGUUGCGGACUUCGUGUCGCGCCGAUUGUGCCCAGAGGUAGCAGACAACCUCGUUUCAGCUUUAUUCCAUGGUAUCUAUGCGGGUGACAUAAGUCGGUUAAGCGCGCAGACACUGCUAGGUACCUUCCGGGACCUUGAGAAUGAUGACCGCCGAGUUAUUGGCGGCUACAUUAAUUCUCUGAUGUCUGAUCUCAAAAUUAUGUCCAUGGAUGAUCUGUUAGCCCUGGAAUCUGUCGCACACGAGAAACCUGGGAUGUACUGGAAAAGCUUACGGACGCUUGUCAACAAGACCAGCGUUCUGACGUUGAAAGACGGUCUGAGCCAGCUCUCGGACGCCCUGGUCGACGCUCUGAGCAAAUCUACAAAGGUUGACGUUUUGACGAAUACGGACGUUAAGUCCAUUACUCAAAAUCCGACGACUCACGACCUGAGUGUUGGAUCUGGAAAGGGCAGGUCUCGAAGCCACAACCGUGUAAUUGCUACAAUUCCAGCUCCCGAACUUGCCAACAAGCUCGCGACAACGACCAUGGAAGACCAAAAAGUCCCUCAAAGUACCAUUCGGAAUCUUCAAGAGCACAAUUAUGCUGUAACAGUCAUGGUUGUCAACUUGUAUUUCCCUAAUCCAGACCUCCUCCCGGUCAACGGUUUUGGAUAUCUUAUACCGCGGUCGAUCCCGUAUGAGCAAAAUCCUGAGAGGGCAUUAGGGGUUAUCUUCGGAUCGGAUUCUAGCGUCGGUCAAGAUACUGCACCCGGCACUAAGCUCACGGUGAUGAUGGGUGGCCAUUGGUGGGAUGGUUGGAAGGAAUCCGAUUAUCCCGAUCAUGACACAGCCGUUGCAAUGUCUCGUGCGUUGCUUCACCGGCAUCUGGGUAUUACGGACGCACCCACUCUAACGAGCAGCCGGCUGCAGCGGAAUGCCAUCCCUCAAUACACUGUUGGACACCUGUCUCGCAUGCGCGAACUGUCCCGGUCCACACGGCACGAACUGAACAACAGACUUACUCUUGCAGGAAGCUGGUAUAAUGGCGUUGGUGUGACGGAUUGUAUCCGACAGGGGUAUUUAGCGGCGUCGUACGGCGUUGGUGCGCGAAAGCUGGGCCCCGGUGAUGGCGACCGCCCCUGGAGGAGGUUCAACUAUGAAAAAUGGGAGUUGGAGGGCGGCAUCGUCACAUCUCCUGUACGAUGGGCGGAAGUGUACAGGAGCGAACGCAAACAUUUUUAA